ACUACUCGCUCAUCAUGUCUGGAAGAGGUAAAGGCGGAAAGGGACUCGGAAAAGGAGGCGCGAAGCGUCAUCGUAAAGUUCUUCGUGAUAACAUCCAGGGCAUCACCAAACCCGCUAUCCGUCGUCUUGCUCGUCGCGGCGGAGUGAAACGUAUCUCCGGGUUGAUCUACGAGGAGACUCGCGGUGUGUUGAAGGUGUUUCUGGAGAACGUUAUCCGUGACGCCGUCACCUACACCGAGCACGCCAAGAGAAAGACCGUCACCGCCAUGGACGUCGUGUACGCGCUGAAACGACAGGGACGCACUCUGGGUACCGCCAUUCAUAACAGAUCACGAAAAACAGCAAUGGCAAGAACCAAGCAGACCGCCCGUAAGUCCACCGGUGGCAAAGCCCCGAGGAAGCAGCUCGCCACCAAAGCCGCCCGUAAGAGCGCCCCCGCCACCGGCGGCGUGAAGAAGCCUCAUCGUUACAGGCCCGGCACCGUGGCUCUGAGAGAGAUCCGCCGCUACCAGAAGUCCACCGAGCUGCUCAUCCGCAAACUGCCUUUCCAGCGCCUGGUGAGAGAGAUCGCUCAGGACUUCAAGACGGAUCUGCGCUUCCAGAGCUCCGCCGUCAUGGCUCUGCAGGAGUCCAGCGAGGCUUAUCUGGUCGGUCUGUUCGAGGACACAAACCUGUGCGCCAUCCACGCUAUGUCUGGAAGAGGUAAAGGCGGAAAGGGACUCGGAAAAGGAGGCGCGAAGCGUCAUCGUAAAGUGUUGCGUGAUAACAUCCAGGGCAUCACCAAGCCCGCCAUCCGUCGUCUUGCUCGUCGCGGCGGAGUGAAACGUAUUUCCGGUCUCAUCUAUGAGGAGACUCGCGGUGUGUUGAAGGUGUUUCUGGAGAACGUUAUCCGUGACGCCGUCACCUACACCGAGCACGCCAAGAGAAAGACCGUCACCGCCAUGGACGUCGUGUACGCGCUGAAACGACAGGGACGCACUCUGUACGGCUUCGGAGGUUAAACGCGUUUAUUCUGAAGUAAACAUUUGACACAAAGGCUCUUUUAAGAGCCAACCACUGUCUCACUCGAAGAGAUGAAUUUCAUGAUAAAUCAAAAUUGACGAGAACUUGAACUUUUAGAACUUGUGUUGCACACUUCUCUUGCUCGAAUAAGAAGCACCAUCAUCAUGGCGUAACUUUAUAAACGUUCAGCACGUGUAAUGUAUUGUGAAUAACGUGUAAUAGCGUGAAAUGCUUUCUGAACGAAAUCUUUGACGGACUGUGAUGACACGAUGACGUACUUUCACUUUAAAACAAGACUUAUGAAACCCAACGGCUUCUCUAAAAGCCACUUUAUCACUCGAGGAGUUUAUAACUUCAGAAGUUUUAUCAUAUGAAACGAUAUGUUGUGAAUGUCACGUUUUAUUAUCCCGGAAGAGUUUUGGAGAAAAUCAACUGAUGAGAUUAAUCUGUUGUGUUACACACUUCUGCUGCUCGAAAAAGAAACACAAUCAUAUCAACUAUAUAAACGUAAACACGCCCAAAGCUUGUGAAUAAAUCAUAAAAUAAUGAAAUACUUUCUGUAUGAACUCUUUAAGUGACUUUGAUGACAU